AACUAUUUGUGGUACUCACACAUUCCCCGAUCAAUUAAACUCUGAAACAUUUUCCUAUUUUUCAAAAACAGGGAGUCGUGGGACGCCUGCAGAGAGGUCCCAAUCAUUCAAAAUGAACAAAAGCCCAAGAAACGAGUGCAGUUUUUGAAAUGGCUGUCGUGUGCUGUCGUCGGGUUACUUGUCUUCUUAUUAGCAUUGCUUAGUAAAACAACAUUUCUAAUUCUGAUAACAUUUGGAAACGACCAGACUUACAGUAUACAAGAGAAACCGAAGGCUCUGCUUGGCAUUGGUUUAGUUCUUAUUGGGUCGGAUGUUCUCCUCUUGAUUAAGAGCAUGUGGAAGUUUAUUUUCAAAAGUGCAGUUGUGCCCGCCACAAGAACUGCUUUUUGUGUGCUUGGUGUCGAGUUCCUGGUAGGAUUUGGAGCUGCAAUCCUAGCAGUCGUUGCCAUGCCACACUUUGAUAUUGUCACUAAUGUAAUGAUACUGAACAGUGUGAGCAUCCUGUCUGCAGUCUUCCAAGUGUUUGCUCAGUGCACUGCAGGAGACAUGAAGCGCUUUAUAAUAAUACCUGUGUGCUCCAUUCUUCUCAUCAUCCUGGGUUACAUCCUUUUUGCAAUCAGCUAUCUGGUAUCAGAAGAAAGCACUACUCAUUUAAAAAUAUCAGUCGGGCUUGCCAUCUUAGGAACCAUCUUUGUUUCUCUGAACUGGUGGGAGAACUACAGUACACUGUUCGACGUCAAGUUUUUAAAGGACGUUUGUGAAGACAUAGUCAAGUCUCAAAAUGUGGUCUGCAUCCUCUCCAGUUUGAUGAGAAUUGGGGUUACUGCAGCUGUCCUUGGAGCUUAUGUUCCUCUAUCAGGACAGGAAUGGGAAUCAGUAACUUUAUCUGGCGAUACAGCUGUGAUUGCAUUGGUGGCAAUCCAGAUUGCGUCCUCCGCCCUGUGUCGCUGGUUUGUGGUUGUGGCUUGCAAAAUGCAUGCCAUGCGGCGCAGCUUCGUCAUGCCCAUGUACCUGGCAUCAGUCACAGUUUUGGUGGUGGCAUUGAUUCCAGCUGCAGUUAUGCCAUUUGGGUCUAAUCAAAAUACAACCUACUGUGAGAACGUUCAGGAGACGCCUGAUGCCAAAUUUAUGGAACUGAUGAUAUUGGAUGUGAAAAGAACUCUUUGUGCCAGAAACAUUGUGAGAAACCAAACAACUGAAGGACUGGCAUGCAUGGGCAGCUCUGCUCUGUGCUGGUGGUUGGGACUCAUUCUCAGUACAAUUUAUGUCUGGUACCUGAAGAUCAACCGAAUAGAAAGGACAAAAGAUUUGUUUGUGCGCCGCAUGUAUGAGGGAGCAUUUCUGGAACAGUCCAUGUUGCUGAACACCCGUUUUGUGAUCAAAAAAAGACACAAGGUGAAACGAGUAAAAGAAACCAUCAGAGUGUUUCCGUGUGCAACAAUGUGGCAUGAGACCUAUGAUGAAAUGAUGAAGAUUAUCAUCUCUAUGUUCAGGCUCGAUAAAUACAGACCAAAGUCCAGCACAAAUACUGAUGAAGAGUUUGAAUUCCAUAUUUAUUUUGAUGACGCCUUCAAGAAAGUCGGAAAUCAGCGACUUGCAAAUGAAUAUGCUGAAACUCUUGUGGAAGUCAUUAAAGAAGUUUACACCAUUUUCAGCGUAGAGAAUCCAAGUAUUUUCGAGAAGAUCCCGAAGCUUCCCCGUCAGAGGAUCAUAAGCACUCCGUAUGGAGGUCGUCUGGAAUACACCCUUCCUAAAGGCAACCUGAUGAUGGUUCAUUUUAAAGACAAGACCAAGAUCCGUCACAAGAAAAGAUGGUCUCAGAUAAUGUACUUGUAUUACAUUCUUGGCUGGAGACUUAACAGAAAGUACUUCAAGAGGUUCGAGGGAGGUGCAGAAUCUGCAAUUCUUAAAGAAAAACUGAAGAGAGAGAAGGAAAACACAUACAUCUUGGCUCUGGAUGGUGAUACUGAUUUCCAGCCAUCUGCAGUCAUGCUAUUAAUUGACAGACUGAAACUCUACCCGGAUGUUGGAGCUGCCUGUGGUAGAAUUCACCCGACAGGCUCGGGGCCCAUGGUGUGGUAUCAGAAGUUUGAAUACGCUGUAGGCCACUGGCUGCAAAAGUCUGCAGAGCACGUGCUCGGCUGCGUCCUGUGCAGUCCUGGAUGUUUCAGUCUUUUCAGGGGGGCGGCACUCAUGGACGACAACGUCAUGAAAAAAUACACAACUAAACCCAGUGAGGCCAGCCACCACGUUCAAUAUGAUCAGGGUGAGGACCGCUGGUUGUGCACUCUGCUGCUCCAGCAGGGAUGGAGGGUGGAGUACUGCGCAGCAUCUGAUGCCUACACAAACGCUCCUCAGGAUUUUAAAGAAUUUUACAACCAGCGCAGACGCUGGGGACCCUCAACCAUGGCCAACACCAUUGACCUUUUGGGCUCAGGAAGACUGACAUCACAAAGAAACAGCUCGAUCUCAAAACCUUACAUCUUGUACCAGGUUAUGAGCAUGGCAGCUUCUGUUUUGGGCCCUGCCACUAUCUGUCUGAUGAUAGCAGGAUGCUUUGUGUUUAUCUUCAAAAUGAAUGAAAAUGGAGCCCUUGCUUUGGCCGUAGUGCCCCCUGCAAUCUACCUGUUACUUUGUUUUAAACUCAAAUCUGACACUCAGAUUACAAUUGCAGCAUUAAUGAGUGUAUUUUACGCAUUUAUUAUGGCAGGAGCAGCUCUCUCAAUCAUAGGUGAUAUAGUAGUGCAAGACACCUUCCUGACCCCUAGUGGCCUGUUUCUUAUUAGCAUGGUGCUGAUGUAUCUCAUCACGGCUGUUCUACACCCUCAGGAGUUCUCACUGGUCAUCUAUGGAUUUGUAUAUUUCCUAAGCAUUCCUAGUGGUUAUCUACUCUUAAUCAUUUACUCCAUAGUCAACAUGAACAAUGUCUCGUGGGGUACUCGUGAAACCGGUGGCAAGGCUAAAACUGCAGCAGUCGGUGCUUUUAGGAAGGUCAUGCAGGCUUUAGGUUCUAAAUGUCCAUGGUUGGGAUUCUCUGAAGAUACACCUGAGGAGACACUAGUGGUAGAAAACAAAGCACUGACGCAAAUCCCACACGCUGAAGCUCCCAUUGAAAAAGAAAGGCCAAUAGAGGACUCCAUUAGUUUUGAUCAAAAAGAUUCACUAUGGAUUAGUCAUUUGCAAAAGAAAUAUGACUUGGAUGAGUCAACACUCCCUGUGGAUGAAUGUAUAUUUUGGAAAAAACUGCAGAAAAAGUAUCUAGAGCCCCUUAAAGAGAACAAAGAGGAGCAAGACAAAAUCGCUGAUGAGCUGAGAGAACUGAGAAAUAAGGUGACAUUUGUUUUUUUCUUCUGCAAUGCACUUUGGCUAGUGGCAACAUUCUUCCUUCAAGCUAUUGGUGACACAGUCUCCAUAAGGAUCCCGAAAGUCUAUCCCAAUGGGACUUAUUCCCAGACAGAAACAUUUUUUCUUGAUCCAAUUGGACUGAUGUUUCUACUCAGCUUUGCAAUAUUGCUGCUAAUGCAGUUUUUUGCAAUGCUUUACCAUAGAAUCUAUACAUUAAUCCAUUUCGUGGCGUAUGCUGAUACAGAACUCAAAAAGUAUAAAAAACGAACUCGGAUUGCGCAGAUCCAAGAAAACCAGCAAAAGGAGAAUGAGCCAGAAACAAGCUUCUGUAUUGAAAACCCAUCUACACACAGAGGAUCUUUAACUAUGGUAUAAGAUGAGACCGAACUCUCAAUUAGGAUUGAUUGAAGCUACCAAUAUAUUUUUAUAGAAUGGUUGUAAUGUUUAUUUAUUAGAUGCAUUUAUUUAUAGGAUGCAUUAAAUUUUGUUAAUUAAAAAGUAAGCCUGUUAUUUUGUGUUUUGUGUUGUAUUUCUGCAAUUGUUUCCUAGUGUACGUUUUUGUCUUUUGUCCUUUAAAACUAUCUAUCUCUUAAGGAAGUAAACCUUAAAUGUACUGUAUGUACAGGUGUACAUGUGCCUGUAUAGCUAUUUCUAUAAUUGUAUCCUUACUGUGAAGUGUGUGUUUUUGUCUUUUGAAAUUGUCUUUCUCUUAAGGAAGUAAACCUCAAAUGUAUGUACAGGUGUACAUGUAAAGGUGUCUGUCUGAAAUGUAAAUAAAAGUUUAUAUGCAUAUGUA